AUGGGAGGAAGAUGGCGCACGGAUGAUCCUCAAGUAAACGAGGAAAUCAAGAGGAUUGAAAAUGAAAGGAAUCCUAAGAUUAAGCGUCCUAGAGGUAGACCACCAAAGGUAAAGUCUGACACCGAAGUGAAGAUUCCUAAAAAGAGAGGUAGACCACCAAAGGCAAAGUCCGAUGCCGAAGUGAAGAUUCCUAAAAAGAGAGGUAGACCACCAAAGGUAAAGUCUGAUGCUAAGGUUAAAAGGCAAACUGUAGCUGAAAGAUUCCUGAGCCAGAGGAAGGUAAAACUCUCAGUGCCUGCCGAUAGUGUCAUAACUCCAACAGGUCCAGGUAAGUUCACAAUUCACGUGGAUCUUAAUAAGAGACCCGUGAGGAAAGCUCCUGAGGUGCCUAAGGGUGUAGCUCCAUGGAGACCAAUACCUAAGCCUAGAACGGUACUUCCUAAGGAAAGACCUGUACCAAAACCUAGGACUAAGCUUCCUAAGGAAAGACCUGUACCAAAACCUAGGACUAGGAAACCAGUGUCUCCUCCUAAAGUCCGUAAGCCUGUAAGGGUGUCGAGGGAAGUUAAGGAGCAGCCUAUAGUGGUUACACCAGAGGAACACGAAAUAGAUCCAUUUGGAACAGACCUUGAAAAGCCAUUCCACAGGAAAAUCGAAACAGCCGCAAAUGGAGCCGCUGUGACUUACUCGAUAACUCCUCAUUAUAUGGACCCCCUGGACCAGAUGACCGCAAGUAGACAGGUAGUGAGAGGAAUACUUGUGAAUGAGUUGAAGAGAAUGGGUGGGUUAAAGUACACAGAGACUAUAAAGGUGAGAAUGUCAAAGGAAAUCGGUGACGGGAAAACCAAGAAGGACUCGGUCUACUUCAAAUCUAAAACUGGCACUGCAACUAACUUUGAGGAUAUUGAAAGUACAGCUGCUCAAAACCAACUGACAAUAUUAUCUAGAAUUGAAACCUUCCAAAACUUAGGUUCAAAUUGGAUUAUACUCAAUAUUGAGAGUCAUUACGUAAACAUCGCAAUGUACAAACCAUUAAAGGGUAGUUCAUAUAUGAAACUUCCAGGGGACAUCAGUAAUCCAAAGUGUGGGCUCAUCAAUAUGAAAAAUGAUGAUAAUAUGUGUUUCUUGUGGAGUCAUGUGAGACAUCUGAAUCCUAAGGUUAGAAGAGCAACCACCAUAACACAGAAAGACAGGGAAUUCAUAACAAACCUGGACUACAAGGGUAUAGACUUCCCUGUGAAGAUCAGCGAUAUUGAUAAAAUUGAGAGGAAAAACAGUAUCAGCAUAUCUGUGUUUGGUUAUAAGGGUAAGAAACAGUUCUACCCUAUAAGGAACUCCAAGGCUAAAUACGAGGAUCAUAUGGAACUUCUACUCCUGGGUGGCGGUGAAGGUAACAACCAUUAUGUGCUCAUAAAGGAUGUAAACAGGAUGCUCUUCAGUGUAAGUAAACAUACACAUAAGAAGCACUUCUGUCUACACUGUCUUCAUAGUUGCGUGAGUGAAGAGUCACUUGAAAAUCAUAAGGAAACAUGUCUGGAGGUAAAUGGAACUCAGGCUGUAAAUCUUCCCAAGGAAGGGACAAAAAUCAAGUUCAAAAAUCAUAGGAACUCAAUGCCUGUGCCGUUUGUGAUAUACGCUGAUUUUGAGUCCAUACUAGUACCAGAGGAGAGAAAAGUGGAGUCAGAGAACCCUGAGGAUAAAAGCAGUACAGACCUUUACCAGACACACAAGGCUUGUAGUUUUGGUUUGAAGACAGUCUGCCACUAUGAUGAUAAGUACUCCGGUGAGUAUAAGAGUUACGUUGGAGAGGAUGCUGCAUUGGUAUUCCUGAAGACUGUAUUGAAAGAGUCCUUCAGAUGUAGAGAGAUGGUCAACAAUAUAUUCAAGAAAAAGAUGGUAAUUACACCCAAACAGGAAUUCCAAUUUCAAACUGCAAGAAACUGUUCAAUAUGUGGUAACGACCUUGGUGAGGAUAGGGUAAGAGACCAUGACCAUGUAACAGGAAUGUACCGUGGAGCUGCUCACAACAUAUGCAACCUGAAGUACAGAAUUACAUGGAAAGUACCUGUAGUCUUCCACAACCUGAGAGGUUACGAUAGUCAUUUGAUUAUGCAGGAAAUUGGUAAGUUCAAGAUGAAUGUUAAUGUUAUCCCAAAUAAUAUGGAAAAAUAUAUUUCAUUCUCACUUGGUAAGAAUCUGGUCUUCAUAGACUCUAUACAGUUUAUGGCUUCUUCACUCGAGGCAUUGGUAAGUAACCUUUCACCUGAGGACUUCAGGAUAGUAGGUAAGAGGUGGAAGGGUGAGGACUUCAAUCUAGUAACACAAAAUGGAGUGUUCCCUUAUGAGUUCCUCGAUAAUAUUAGCAAACUCAAUACAGAAGGUCUUCCGAGUAAGGAUAAGUUCUACUCUUCACUGUACGAGUCAGAUGUUAAGGAAGAAGAUUACCAAAGAGCUCUAAAAGUCUGGGAUCACUUCAAGAUGAAAACCAUGAGAGACUACCACGAUCUCUACCUGGAGACUGACGUUCUUCUUUUAGCUGACGUGUUUGAAAACUUUAGGAGAACAUGUCUGGAAAACUACAACAAAUUAGACCCUGCACAUUAUAUGUCAGCACCUGGUCUAAGCUGGGACGCUUUUCUAAAACAGUCAGGUGAAGAAAUAGAACUCGUAAGCGAUAUGGAUAUGUUUCAGUUCUUCGAGAAGGGUAUGAGAGGUGGUACAAGUUAUAUUGCUCAUAGACACUCAACAGCUAAUAAUAAGUACAUGGAGACGUAUGAUGAGUCAUCUGAGAACAAGUACUUAAUGUACCUCGAUGCUAACAAUUUAUAUGGCUGGGCAAUGUCACAACCACUACCUAACGGAGAGUUUGAGUGGGUUGAGGAAGUUGAUGGUAUGAAUCUAGAGGAUUACCUUGAGGACAGUGAAAGAGGUAUAGUUUUAGAGGUUGACCUAGACUAUCCAGAAAAACUUCACAAUCUACAUAACGGUUAUCCUUUAGCACCAGAGAGUAAGGAAAUUGAUUCUUCCAUGUUGUCAGAUUAUGCUAAAAGUAUUGCUGAAAAAUUCCAGCUGAAAAUUGGAGGAGUAAAGAAACUUGUAACUUCACUAGGUCCAAAGAAGAACUACGUCUUACAUGUACGUAAUCUAAAACUGUACACAGACCUUGGAAUGAAACUCACAAAGGUCCAUAGAGCGGUUACGUUCAAGCAGUCUCCCUGGCUUAAGAACUAUAUAGACUUCAAUACAAGAAAAAGGUCAGCAGCCCAGUAAAACGGAUGAAAGAAGUUCUAACGCUAAAUAAACCGUGUUACGUAGGAAUGAGCAUCUUAGACUUAUCCAAGACUUUAAUGUAUGAUUUUCACUACAACACCAUCAAGAAGGAGCACGGUAAUAAUUCAAGGCUACUGUUCACUGAUACUGACAGUCUAAUGUAUGAACUGAAGACGGAUGAUGUUUAUGAGGACUUUAAGAGAAUCGGUGAAAAGCAAAACUGUUGGGAUAAUUCAGUUACCCAAAAGAUUCCCCGUACUACUCAACUCACAACAAGAAGGUUAUAG